AUGAGUUCAAAGGAUUCACUACGAAUCUUAACGUUAUCAGAUAUUCAAGGUAAUUUCCAUGCGAUAACAGAAUUAUACAAUAGAGAAUUAAAUCAAGGCAGACCAAUCGAUGUCAUCAUUCAUACGGGUAACUUUGGUCUUUGGAAUAAUGAUACCAUUGAUGAUUAUAAGGAUUUAAAUUAUCUUAAACAGAUCGUGGCCUUCCUGGAUGUGUUAAGCCUGGAUUUGGUUGAACAAUUGAAUGAUUUAAGCUUAAUAUCAAAUAAUAAUAAUAAUAACAGUAAUAAUAAUAAUUCCAAUGGUGGUGGUGGUAGUUCAAGUUUCAAUUCUUCAUCUCAUUUAGAUGAAUUCAAUCAAUUUAAAUCGAAAUUAUUAAAUUCGAAUGGCGUAAUCAGUCAAUUCCAAUUAUAUCUAGAUGGAGAAUUCAAAUUCCCAUGUCCGAUCUAUACCAUCUUUGGUCCAUUAGAUGAUCCAAAAAUCAUUAAUAAAUUUCAUACCAAAGAAUAUAAAAUCCCAAACUUAUUCUUAGUUGAUCAUUUACAUAAUUAUGAAAUACCAACUCCGUUACCAACUCAACCAAAUAUAAAGUUAUAUGGAAUUGGUGGUACUUUGAAAAUUCAUAGUUUAUUUGAUAAUGGAAAUUUAAAUUAUUCAUCUAUAAGUGGGAAAGUUGGUGAAUUAUGGAUAAGUUUAAUUCAAGUGGCGGAAUUAUAUCUAAAUGUUAUGAAAUCAUCAUCUAUUGAACAAAAUUUAAAUUUAAAUUCAAACUUUAAGAAUGAUAAUACCAUCAAUAUCUUUUUAAGUCAUGCUCCAGUUAUAAAAAAUCCAUUAUUAGAACAUUUAGCCAUCAUAACUAAUGCAGAUUUCACAAUUUCUCAAGGUUUACAUUUUAGAUAUCCAGUUCUGGGUAAUGGUAUGAGUUUUGUUGAUACUAUGGGUGGAUCAGCAGGAUAUAUUGAAAAUUAUAGAUCCAAAUUCUCAAGAUUAAGAAUGGUACUAGGAGAAUUAUGGUUAAUUAUUAAAGAUGAAAUAUCUGAUCUUUUACAAUCAGAUGAUAAUGUUUCAAAUGACAAGAUUCGAAAUUUAAUUGAAUUGGGUUUAAGUUUAUUUGAUAAGAUCCCCAUCUCCAUAAAUGAUUCCAUCGAUAAAAUUGUUCCUUUAACUUUAUUUUCAUCUGAUUUUGAUGAUAAUAGUUCAAAUGAUUCAUAUUCAAGUAAAAAGAUCCUUAAGAAGAUUAAUGAUUAUUAUUUCCAAGCAUAUUACAACUUAUGGCAUUUCAAUCUAUGUGAUCAUAUAUCGAAACCAAAAUCAACUUCGAAUAAUGAAUAUAAUUAUAUGAUCUUCAAAUUAGAUUCAGUGGGAGAUUUCAAGUUAGAUUAUUGUAGUAGUCAAGGUUUCAAUUUUAAUUUCAAAGUUCAAAAUGAUGCUACAAAUGAAAAUAACUAUGAUGGAGGUAUUGAUGAUUCUUAUGAUACUGAUUUUUCUGAUCAAUUCAGAAAAUCAAACACUGAAUCAUCAUCAAUACCGGGGGUUGAUAUAGACGAAGAAGAUUCUAAUGAACUAGGAGGAGAAGAUGAUGGAUUCGCCAGGACAAGAAACUUAAUAAAUUCAUCAAAUAGGUUUUAUCGAGGUUCUUCACGGGGAUCCAAUUCAGGUCGUGGUCGUGGUGGUGGAUUUGGUGGUUCUAAUAGAGGUAAUAAUUCGUCAAGAGGUUCGAAUACUAGAGGUUCUUAUAGAGGCUCUAAAUUUAGAGGAGGAAGAGGUAAAUGA